CCCGCUCCCGGCGCCGCGGGGCGGGGCCGCUCCCGCACCACUUAAGCGCCGCGGGCGGCGCUGCGCCGCGGCCGGGCCGGCCAUGGAGGCGGUGCGGGAGUACGUGGGCUCGCUGGCGCGAUCUUUGGUAUCCAUGGGAGCAUCUGUGGGAGCAGUAACAAAACAGACCCUGUUCCCUUCUCUCAUGCCUGCAGGGCGACCCUUCCGUGUAUCAAAUGCCUCCAGAAGCAGCCGGAAAGGAAUUGUUGCAAGCAGUCUACAAGAGCUCAUCAGCAAGACUUUAGAUGCCUUCCUUAUAUCUGCUGGGAUAGUUACUCUGGUUCUGGAGGAAGAUGGCACAGUUGUGGACACAGAGGAGUUCUUCAAGUCCCUGGAUGAUAAUACACACUUCAUGGUUCUAGAAAAAGGACAGAAAUGGACCCAAACAAGAAAUGGAGUUGCUGCUGUGAGACAAAAGAAGAAAAUGGGAGUAGCUAACAUCACGUUUGAUCUGUACAAGCUGAACCCUAAGGAUUUUAUUGGCUGCUUAAACAUCAAGGCAACCUUUUACGAGAUUUACUCUGUCUCAUAUGAUAUCAAAUGUAUGGGAGCAAAAAGCAUAUUGCGGAAGAUGCUUCAGCUGAUGUCCCAUGCAGCACAAAUAACUGGACAGUUUCUUCUCUAUACUGGAACAUAUAUGUUGCAGUUGAUGGGUGAAUAUGAUGAAGAUGGUGCAUGUACAACAACAUCAAGGCGGCAGUAGUGAGCACAGCUGCACUUCUGAUACCGGAUCCUUUUGCUUAGACAUUUUCUUGCCCAGUUUUGAUUGUAAUGAUGUUAUAGUAGGGGGAUGUCCACUGAUGUGAACUAACAUUUUUCCCAUUUGGGAAUGCUUGUAGGCCUUAGUCAUAAAAUAAGUAUUGGGUGUUCACAGGCUCUUAACACAGCAAAAGGAUGGGUGCCUAAUGUCUGAGAAUUUGGCAGAAGGAGAGAGGGCAGGUUUUUGCCCCAGCAACACCAAAUGGAGACUAAGUAUACUUAGAAACUUGCAUGCUUUGUAACCAGUGGAAUAUUUCUUGCAUUGAUCAAAACAUAGUUUGAUUGGGGUGUUUUUCAUGGCUGUCUACUUGCCUUCUGAAUGGACUGGGCUGUAAGGUGGAGGCACUGUGGGCUUUUUGUUUUAAUCCUUAACAGUGCUUGUAUUGGUGCCCAACUGGUAUUAGGGUACAGAAGGGUGAAGUGUACUUAUUUACUCCUGCUAAUAAUAGAACUACACAAUACAACUGAAUCUUGGUUCAGUAACUGACUACUUUCAUGAAGUCUGGUUGGAGAAAGUACAACUACUAAGCAGAAGAUUAAAACUUAGCCUUGUUUCCCUUAAAACAACUAACAACAUUUCAUUAUAUCUCUAUAUUUUUCUUCAAAUCUACAGAAAGUUCAGGUUAGUGUAGCUGAUACCAGUUGAAGAACCUGAUAUAUUUAAUGGCUCUCAUGUCCAGUUCUGCCUGAAAUAAUGAAUAACUUGCCAUAGUUUCAUUAAUAUGGCUUACAAGCAACCUGCUGAAGCUUCCUUCAGGGAUUAAACAAUCACUUCUUGAGGUUUUUACUGUUCAGUCACAAGAUGACACUACAUCCCAAGUUGUACUUGAGGUACAUGUAAGAGAUGCUGGAUUUUGAUGCCCCUGUGUUCAGGGGAGAGCAGCAGGACACCAGCUAGUCUUGUGUGACAUACAUAUGUUCUAAACCGGGUAUCUGUGUUUUGAUAGUCUCCCAAGACAAGCUAUAUUAAAGGGAAAAGUUUUUAAUCUUUAGGUAGAAUGGUCUGUAAUGUUUUCUACAGUUUAGCAAACUGCUAGUGUGGCCAGCUUCCAGUAAACUUUGUUCAAUAGGGUAGAAAACUGGAAAAUGAGCAGUGUUAGGCAUCUUGCAUCAAAAUACAAACUCCCAUUGCUGAAGGGGAAAAAGCCCGGCUUUGAUUGUUCCUAGGUGUGGCUUUUGAGGUUUCCAUUUGUUUGCUCAUGAAGAAUUUUAGUAAGUUGUUAGUCUUGCUUAAGACUGAAAGCUGUUAAGGAGAUGGCAGAUACAGGUAAAUGUGUCUGACCUGACAGCAGGUGUCACCUAGGAGGAAAAGCUCUGGUGCCAGUGAACAAGUGGGGCAGGCGAAGAAAGUAAUGGGAAUGAAAGGGAAAGAGCAGUGUGGACCUCACAGUGCUUACCAUGCCUUUCCUGAGAUGGGAAUCCAUUAGCUAUGUGCAUCAACUGCGCUGAUCAGUUGGAGGAAAACCUAAUCUGCUGAAAGAGAAACAGGUAGACUGAAAAGACCAAGUGUUAUGGUCAGUGGGAGUUAUUCUGAUCUGUCGGUGGUCUGUUCACUUCAAAUGUCACUAGUAUGUGGCAAUGUUGUUUUUGUUUUUAUCUGCAAAUUUUACCUUCAUGUGCUUAUUUUUACCUUCUCUUUGUGGAUGUGACUUAGCCAGCUGGUGUUGUAUUUUUCAAAUCACUCUUGUGAUGAAAAGCAGCCCAAAUCCCAGUGUUAAAGGGACUGAUGGACACAAAUUCAGUAGGUCUCUGCCUGUCUCUUCAGUAAUGGUAUUAAAAAUAAGUAGACAGCUAAGAAAACCCUUAGAUAUUUUUUUUUCCUGAUUUCUGUUGUUUCCCAUCUACUUCUGAGUGUUUGCUGGAGAAGGUGGGAGGGCACACUGCCUGAGACAAGGGGAGGACUGGUUCUUUCCUAAUUUCUCACAGGAAAGAAUGCCUGUAGCUUGCAGAACUGUCAGGUUUCCUUCAGAAGAAAAACUAUUUUGUGAGUAGUGAGAGAGUUUAUAUUAAAAUGGAAGGUUUAUACUUCAUCUGUAUUGUUCUUGACACCUUACACACAUGCCUCUAUUUUUGCCAUGAUAACUGUAGGCCAAAGUCUUUCUGCCCCUAUCAAGAAAUUGCAUUUAACUGUUGCAGUGCAAGGAGUUUGUCAUUAAUUCUUUCAGUUUUUAAUGACUACUUAUUCUGUUAAAACAAACCCACCUCAUGAAAGCAACUCCAUGUAAUGGUCCUAAAAAUAUUUAUGUUGCUAACAUUAAAAAACCUCAACAAACAACUUGCAUAGUUCAGUAUUACUUUGUGUGAAUUGUCUCUUCAACAUCUAUAAUAUAAAAGCUUUUGCAAGUCUUAACUAUGCAGAUCUCAAAUUCCAGCCUUUUAUAGCCGGGGCGAUUGUUACAGAACUAACAUUCCGUGGUUUCCAGUGGUCCUAUCAGAGAAACUGGUGUGAUCUAAAAUGCUAGCUUGGUAUGAACUUGCAAUGUUUUUAGGCAGCUUCUUUAACAGCUUAGCACUUGAGCUGCUGAAGGACAUGUGAGGUGCAAGGUCUCUGCCUCAGAGCAUCUCCCUCUAAUUCAAAAUGCAAACAGUGAAACAAAGUAACUCAGCUUUGAUAUUUUCUCAAAAUGGGAGAAGUGUCUUGGAAGCUGUAAGUGUCAAAUGUUUCAUUGCUUCUGAAUCGGGGCUUUGCCACAGGCUCAGUAUUUGGGGGGGCGGUAUUUGCUACUAUACCAGCUUCAUUCCAGAGAUAAAGUUUUGGCUGUGGGUCAGACUAGUGGAGUUUGUCACUCUCGGAGUUGCAACCAGUUUGACUUUUUUUUUUUUACAGACUGCUUAGGAAGCAUAGCUUUUACUUCAGCUGUAUGUGGUACACAGAAAAGAACAACUUCAACAUUAUCUCUCUCAUAAAAUUAUAUAAAAGUAGCAUACAAUAUCUAGCAAGACACAGGAAAAACUAAAAGCAUAGGCUUUUAACUGCAGGUAUGUAGAGAAGAAGCUAACUUUUCUAGUUGACAUUUUCGGCUUUAAUUUGUUUUUCAGUAAACUCUGUUAAUCUGCACUUGUUACUGUUGCAGUCAGUUGGUAGCAGUGAUUGCUUGAAGGUGUGAAACAUGUUUACUGCCUCCUGGUUUGCAGUGGUGACCCUUUUUGCCUGUUGCUUUGCAUCACUUACUAACAAUGCACCAAGUCAUACUCUCUAGUUACCAAAAAAGGAAUUUUCACUGAAGUAGUCUCUUGUUGACUCAGGCACAGUUCAUGCUUUGCAGGCAAAACAAAGUUGCUGUCUUUAUGACUAGAAUGAAGAAUCUAGUAGCUUUUGUUUGCAAUUUAUCAUUAUUUCAUUUCCUUCCUUUCAUAAAUCGACAAAGCUGUUGCUUUCUUGCACCUUCCUAUUCUUUCAGGAGGAAUAGAAUUAAAGCUUUUCUGUACAGAGGGAGAGGAAAAGGCAGGGUCUGAAUUCCUUAAACAAUUUAGAAUAUGCCCUAGGAAACAUCCUGAAUACCUUCCCUACAGAGAAGGGAAGGGUAAAGAAAGGAAAAUGGGACUUUGAGCUGAAAGUUUUUUUCAGUACAGUGAGUAGAGAAGUGUUAACAACUUAGGAAAUAUUUGUAAGUCUGAAUAUUAACUGUGAAGAUAAAACUACAUUUGAUCACUUGUAACUGACUAGAAUUAUAACUCUAAAUCAUUUCAGCAUGCUGCUUCCUGAGAUAGGACUUGAACUAAAGGCACAAGCUUCCUUAAAAACAAAAAACUUUAAAACCAAAGUAUAUUUUUUACUUGAUGCCUCAAGUUUUGCUGAAGGUAUUAAUGUGAUUAACAGCUUCAGUUAUGUAUUAGUAUCCUUGAGGGGUUUAGAGUUAAUCACUUUCUCUACCUUACCUUGUGAUAUAUGCAGUGAAGACAUUUAUAUACAUGAGGAUUGCUGUUUUGCUAAGGGAAAAGAUAGUAUUUUACCACUUCACAAUUUUCAAGAUCAGUUGUUUAACUUGCUAUGAAAAUUGAAAUGGGUGAGAAUUGUCAGUGAUGGCAAUAUUUUUCUGAUGUGUGGUGCCAAUUAUAAGAAACACUGUCCAUGAAUGAAUAAAUAAAAUCAAAUAGUGGCUUUGGA